GUCUCGUACUUCACAUGUCGAGUCGUGACUCUGGUCUGCUGCUGGAAGUUCAAUUUACAUUAAAAACGAUCUCACACAUGGUUUGGAAACAACAUCACGCAUUUGUCAUGACUGCACGUCACUGACGGGUUAUUACUUGGUUGUAGGUAUUUUAAAAAGCGAAGGCGGUUUAACUUCUCCAGCUGAGAUCCCCAUUGUGCGUUAUUUUCUUCACACUUGAAUCAUGUCGUUUCGGAGGGCUUUUCGGUUGGCAUGCGGGUUCGCGGGGGGAUCCGCGGUGCUGGUGUGCGCGGCGGUCGCGGCAGACACGCACGGAUUUUUUGGAGAGCGCUACCGGUUCAGACAGACUCCCGUUGUCGUGAAUGCAGCACAGCCCUCGACAUGGCCCGGUGUGAGCGGUUGGGAUAGUAAUUGGGAUAAACGUGACCCUUCCUCCAUGGUGAACGGGAAGAGAAAGGAGAGCGCUUGUGACAUUGGAAGUCCAGACGUGGAGAACAACAAACCCAAAGCCACACGCCAUAUCUUCCUCAUCCGACACUCUCAGUACAACCUCGGUGGGAAUGGAGACAAAGAAAGAGUUCUCACUCCUUUAGGCCGAGAACAGGCUGAGUUCACAGGACAGAGGUUAGCAUCACUGGGACUGGAAUAUGACGUGCUUAUCCACUCCUCUAUGACCAGAGCUACAGAGACAGCCAACAUCAUCAGCAAAUAUCUACCAGGCGUGGAGCUCAUAAGUUGUGAUUUACUGCGAGAGGGUGCGCCCAUAGAGCCAGUGCCACCUAUCAUCAACUGGAAACCUGAGGCUGUGCAGUACCACGAGGAUGGCGCGCGGAUCGAGGCGGCGUUCCGUCGGUACAUCCACAGAGCCGACGCCAAGCAGAAGGAAGACAGCUACGAGAUUGUCGUCUGUCACGCUAAUGUCAUCCGCUAUUUUGUGUGCAGGGCUUUGCAGUUUCCUCCAGAGGGUUGGCUGAGGAUAAGCCUGAACAAUGGCAGCAUCACGUGGCUCACAAUUCGCCCUAGCGGGCGAGUUUCUCUCAGAGCUCUUGGAGACUCCGGCUUCAUGCCUCCAGAUAAACUCACCCGGACUUGACCCACGUGACCUCAAUACAGUGGACAACAGCUGUUAGAGUUGCAAAAUGUUCUGCUUAAAUGUUUUCCCAAAAAGUUUGUCUCUUUUUAGAGUCACGAAAUUCCAAAGGAAUUCUGGAAUGUGACGUCAAGUUCAUCGCCAAAUUAUAGCAAGUUCAUAAAUAAUCACACAUUGAUGGAAAAUUUCAGUAAUUGUCAUUUUGGCAUCUGUUGCUAUGGAGUUCAGUUGUCCUUAAGUGUCUUGAGUGUAAUUAUUUUUUGUUUCUUUAUUUGAAUUAAGCAAGAGAAGAGAUGAAGAGUUUGGUUCCAAAAUGAGAACACAUUUUUCAAAUAUCAUGUUUUUUUAUUGUGCAUUCCAAUUAAUACCAGUCAAACUGCAGGUUGGUUUGUUUUGAUUUAAGCCAUAAUAACUCAAAAAAUACAGCUAACUACCACAAUAAAACAUAAUAAAAACACGAUAACACAAUAAAAAACAUGAUUUUUUAAAAACGGAGUUAUCUCAUUUUGGAACCAAACUCUUCAGAUAUUGAUAUUUCCUCUGUUUGACGUAAACACUCCUGUGCCAUAAUGCAUCAACUGUAACCGUGAUGGGAAGACUGUAUUAACCAGCAAGUGUACUUUUGUUUACAACUCUUCCCUUUACACAGACUUCUAAAAGCCUUGUGGUAUCUGUUGCAGUUAAUGCCUUAAGCACUUAAUUAUUUGAAUGUUUUUAAAGGAAAGAUGUUCAUUUGCUAAAGAUGUGAGAAUCCUUAAAGAUGAAGAAGGUUAAAGAUGACUGGUAACGUUCGUGAGUUGUUUGUGCAUUUUGACAUUUGUGGCAAGUGUUUGUCGCCAGACUAUUUACAUAUAAUAAAGUGUUUUUGCAUUAA